GAGGGAAGAGGAACCGAGGGCCUUUGUGGCGAGAGAGAGAGUGCCACGGUCACAUGUUCUCUUGGCAUUUCAUAUUAUGGUGGAUUUUAGACUUGCUUUGGAGUUAAUUGGGUGACUUUAGCUGCUGCAGAGUUCCAGUCUCUGGUAAUUAGUGAGCUCCGUCUCCCAGCAUCACAAGGGUUGUGUUACCAUGGCAACUAGAAAGCAGAGCUUUGUGCGAGCUACCGAGCCUCGGUGUUCAGAGUCUGCACAGAGAGAGGAAGAGGCGCAUGUUCAGGCCAGACUCACCACUAUGUAUGUCCAGAACGUCCAGGCCUCUGGCCUGCAGCCAUACCCUCAGGCUCAACCUGGAGCCUUGCAGGACGCAACGGUUGUUCCUCUGUUCCUCCCCCGGAUGUGUAGCAACUCGACUUUGCCCUCUCUGACUUUGCAUAUUGCCAGCACGGCUGCUUUGCAACAACAAAGACUAGUGGCUCCAGCAUCCGCGGGUAAACCUAAGUCUCUUGGGAAGCAUAUUUGCCCACAUUGUGGGAAGGACUGCCUGAAGCCCAGCGUGCUGGAGAAACAUCUUCGCUGCCACACAGGAGAGCGACCGUAUCCCUGCACGACCUGUGGCAUCUCUUUCAAGACACAGAGUAAUCUUUACAAGCACAAGCGCACCCAGGCUCAUGCCCGUCAUUCCAGCGAGUCUGAAAAAGGCACCUUCAGCAGUCAAGAGAGCAUGGAGAGCUCAAAGGACAACUGUUUAAGUUCAUCCGUAGAGACGAAGUGUGUGGAUUCAGCCGAUGCAAGGAAAGUCAAAGAAGUUUUUUCUACAGAUUCAGUAACAACCCCAAGUCAGACAGACCCUGCAGAGACUGGGACGAUGUCUGGCAUAGAAUGGGCAUUACAAAAUGCUGCCAUGGUCGGAAUUAGCACAACGCCAGCACUUCAAGACAAGGUAAACUCACUGAGAAAAACUGUGGAGUUUUCAGUUGAUGCUAUCAAACAAACAAAUGUGAUGAAAAAUGCUGUCCAGCAGACAAGUGCACUUACUAUGCAUGGAUGUACACCGCUAUCUUCAAAUCGCACGCCUCUACAGAGGCAAGAGGCUUUAUUUUCCAAACCAUCCUUUCCAUUCCUAUCCAACCAUUGCAAAGCACAAAGCCAUGACAGUACAGACUCUGGUUUCAGCGACAGCAGUGAGCAUCAUUCAUCCAGCAGUCCUGGAGCAAGCCUACACGAUCCCAGCGCAGAAUCCCUGACAGAAACCUCAAUGGUACAGCAAGAGUCAGCUGCCUCCCAAAUGCCCUCAGAGAUGACCUCCGAAGACCCCAAAAGCAAGGUGUCUAUUCAGGAGAAGCAGAAGCUGGAAGAGCGCAUUUCAAAACUUAUAUAUGAGAAUAGUGUGCUGGUGGAUAAUAAGCUACUGGAAAAUGUGCGACCAAGAAAGACAAUAUUAUCAAAACAAGGAAGCAUUGAUCUUCCGGUGCCGUAUACAUAUAAAGACUCCUUUCACUUUGAGAUAAGGAACAGCAAGCACAUCCUGAGCUCACAAAAUCCAGACCGAGGAGGUCGAGUUGUUCACAGCUCUUUGCCUACACAGCAGUCCGCCAGUCUGGAGCAUGCACCAUUAACACGCAGCAGCUCUUUACCCUUCUCUAUGGGUAGCAAACCGGCUGCCGAUGGAGCAGGGAGUCUAAAUCUCAGCAGAAGGUGCAGUGCAGGGCAUGUUUACCCAAUACGACCAUCAAAUCAAAGGGCAGCAACACACCGCUCGCUGGUCAGACAGGUGGCAGUGGAUUGCCUGUAUAGUGCAGAGGCAGAAAGAGGCAGUAUGAGCAGCCUGAGCUCAGAUGGAGACAGCACCGAAGUCGGAACGGAGUCGUGUGUGAAAGCAAACUACAGGAGGAAAACACAGAAGUUUGACUACACGAAAUGGCACACCUACAAAGGCGGCACAUUUAGAAAACUUUACAAUGCUCCGAAGGACUGUAUACUAAAGGCGAAAAAGACUACAUCGAGCACUGAACCAACAGAGAGUCUGGACAUUCAGAGACAUGAUGGAUCAAUGUGUACCUCCAGCUCUGUUGUGCCCUUGCAAAACGAGCUUAAGGUGUCACACAUCAGCUUUGAAAGUAAUAACGUGAAGGGAGCAAACGUGGAAGAUGGUAAUAUACAAAUAACGCAACACACCGCCUGCCAUGUCCCAUCAGAGCGGAAGAAACAGCGCACUGAGAGUGAUGUUCAAACGCUUAGUAUUGCAGAUCCUAAAAAGCCACAAGAUAAUGGAAAUCUGUGUGAAUUAAUAAGCCAGACACUCUUUUCAAGUGCAGAGAACGGUUCCAUCACAGUACACAGAGUCAACAUGCAAAAUGUCCACUCUCAGAGCAACUUCACACAGCCGUUCUCAAAUCCAAGUCAGUUCCUUGGUAAUAGCUCCCUCAGCGGUGCUUCUUGUUUGGUGAGUAUGAGCGGGGCAUCUGGCACCCCGUCUGGUUCAAUCAGCAGCCCUACUGUUCCUAAAGCCAAGACCAGCUUUCCUCCCAUGUACCAGCUGAAGAUUCCUUGUCCCGCAGAUGGAGUGUCAGCUUCGUGUUCUGGCUCCACUUCAGCACACAACGCUUGCUCAAACGCUUUCACACACAGUCACCAAACUGCAGAGGAGCGCCAUGCUGAGACUGCUGAACUAUCCUCAAAACAGCACACAAGAUUUCACCAGAGUAAACAGGAGGUAUUGUGUGAGACAACCUCCAUGCCUGUGUUAUCAGUUUCUUAUUUGGGGCUGAAUCAAACAAACAGUCUAUCCAAAGUCAUGUCAGAGAUUCAGUCUACCACCAAUACAUCAGCUUCACUUGCUUCCGCUAUGCCGCCUCCAUUGGUGCAGCAUCAAGUGUCUUCAUUGCGGAUUAACUGUGCAUCUGGUGUGGUGGAGAAUCAGUCCUCUUCUGCAUCACAUCAGCCUUUUAAAACAUUGGAGAACUCUCGGUUUGUCACAUCAACAACGAGUUACUGUUCUCAGCCUGGACCAAAAAUAUAUUCUCCGGUAACUACAUUACAGAGAGUUCAGAAUCAUCCUUCAUUCCCUGUUAUUGAAUCCGGAAAACCCAAAGGUUGUACAGAAAACAUCACAUCCACAGAUUAUGAGAAUACUCAGAACAGCAUUGCGUCUAAUAUCCCCUCAAAUAUAUCUGAAGAGUCGCCAUCUGAAGGAGAAGUCGUGCUACUAAACGGCUCGGCUCAGGCUCAGAACACAUUUUAUGUACGCACGGCUGACCUCCAGAUCGUCAUGCAGCUCAUUUCUGAUGAACAAUUAGCACUGAUUGAGCCUCAUAUUGAAACAACGUCUUCAGCGCAGACAACACUUUCGCAGGAGGUAUAUAGCACUGAUGUUUCCCUGUGUGAGGUGCAGGAAAUGAUCAGUAACGGUGAGAAGGAAAUAAAUAGCACGUUCAGUUGUUCUGAAUCUCGUUCAGCAAACAGAGCAGAAACUGUUUGCAGUUUAACCUCUCACAAUGGUAAAAGUCACGUUAACGCCAUCCCUCAGUGUGUUUCAUCUUGGUCGCAUCCACAAACAAGGUUUCAUAUCUCCCCGUCAAUGGACUACUGUAAAAACACAAAACAACCGCAGGAGUUCCCGGAGAUAAUAAGCUCUGGAGGUUUUGAGCUUGAGUCAAGUCACAAACUAGUGGAUGGAGACACACUGACUGAGCCUGAAUCAGUGGAGAGCAGUUAUCCGAGAGGAAGAAAUGACAGAGAACCACUGAACUGUAUUGAUAACAAAGACAGAGUCAGCUCCACUGAAGAUUCAACAGAGACAACCAGAGAUGAACAAAUGGAAUCAAAUCACAUGCAAACUAUAAACACCACUGAGCUGAAUGACACAGGUCACCUCGUGUCAGUCGCAUUAUCAGGAAAUGAUGAGAGCGUUCACACAGACUCAACUACACAUCUCGCUGCAGAAUCACAAAAACAGCCCAGUGACUGCAAGACAGGCUUAGACACAAGAGAAAUAAAAGCUUGUGACACAAACAAAGUGACUGAAACUUGUCCUGAGCAAACAGCUACUCAGCAUGAUUUCCAGCCGGCCUUUGCUCCGGGUGAUUUUGGAAAUGACACUUACAGUGGUGUGAAAUCAUCCUGCCUGACACCAGACAGGACAUCUAGCAGUCGUGAUGUUUUUGAAGACAGCAUUGAACGAGGAGAUGUCCACACACGCCACGCCAAUCUGGAGAUGUCUACAGGGUCUGGGGAAGAUGGUGUCUUGAAAAACCUGAGGUUUCAGAGGGACUCUAGGACAGAUAGAAGGGAAUCAAGAGCCAAAAUACAGGAGGAUGGAGAUGAAGAGGUGAAAAGAUCAACCGACAGAAGCUCAUGCACAUGCCGAAGCUCUGAGGAAACGGACAAGGAAGUCAAAAGAAAGGAUCAGGCAGUAUCCAGUGGGAAACAUCAGACAUCUACUCAAGCAAAUCCUCAUUUCUCCCAGGAAGUGUCCUUUAACGUUUCACAAUCACUUCAUCAUGAAAAACUCCAUCCAGAAACAUCUGUUUGCACAGACCUAAUUCCACCAAACUGUCAAAGUAAAGGUGAAAACAGCAGCAGAACAGACAGCAUGGGUGAAUAUUUGGGGAACAGCCCUUCCCCAGAGUCUGACCAACGGGAAAUGUCCUCAUUAAAUAUGGCAAGAUGUUCCAAUCAAACGUGCAGACAUUUAGCAUUAGCGAACACCACGCAAAGUGAAUAUCAAAAGGAGACGCAGGCAAGAGGAGCGACGAGCUACUGGAUUUACUCGAAGGGCACUCAUGUUCAGAUGCACAAAACCAGCAGCACGUCUGCAUCAGUUCACCAAAAUAACUGUGCUGUUUCAAACACUGAGACGGUCAAUGCAAGCGCUCCUCCAUCAUCCAGUGACGGAUCCAGGUCUCGCAAAGAGUCUCUGCAAAUGACAAUUCAAGAAGCACAGACGCAUCAAAUGUGUGCUCCAGCCACACACAGCAGCUCAUCAGAGCCGAAGCAGCUUUAUUUGGGCAGCAGCAGUUAUCUGGAACUGGAGGACAGUAACAGCAGCAGUGAUGAUGAGCAGAAACUCGUCAUUGAGCUCGAGUAAGGUGAGAGAGAACACGCAAGUCUGCUGAAAUAACACACUCCAAUACUGUUAGUGUUGUUCGAGAGCUCCAUUCAUCUAUGUACAGAUGGAAAAUGAGCUGCUGCAGUGAGAACAUCACAGAACUACAGUCAUGUGAAAAAGUUAGCACACCCAACCAAAGUCUGAUUUUUCCAUAUCAGGGCAUUAAAAUGAUCUGUUUUUUGGCAGGUCUUAAAGUUUGGGAAAUAAAACCUUAAACAAACAGCAACAGAUGAACAGCAACACAUACAGUUAAAGUCAAAAUGAUUCGCCCUCCUGAACAAAUGCUUUCAAAUAUUUCCCGAGUGAUGUUUUACAGAAGGACGUUUUCACAGUAUUCCUGAUCAUAUUUCUUCUUAUUAUAUACUAUAAUAUUACUUCUUACUUUUCUUCUUAUCUUAUUAAAGUCUUAUUUAUUUUAGUUUGGCUGGAAUAAACAUGUUUUCUGUCUACAGAACAAACCCCUGUUGUCCAAUGACUUGUCUAAUUGGCCUAACCUAGUCUUUUAAUUGCAUUUAUUUUACAAAAGAAAUUAGUUAUUACAUCUAUUAUGUUUUAAAAUGUGUUGAUAAAAAAUCUCCCUGAGAAAUAUUUGUAAAAAUAUUUUUAUGAUUAUUAUUUUGACUUCAAUUGUAGCUUCAACAAAAAUAAGUCAGAAAGAUCAGUGUCAUUCUGCAGCUUCUAGUGUCCUGAACAAGACAAUGAUCCCAAACACAGCAGCAAAUCUACAACACAACAGAAGAAGUGCAGAGCUCAUCCUGACUGAAAUGUCCAAAACCCCUCCGGAAUGAUCUGAGACGGAGAAGAUCAUCCAGAAAACCAGGACUUUAAUCAUUCCUGCUAAAAGUGAAUCUACAGGAUCUGAAUCAGACGUUUCUCACUCAUGGCUUUUCUAUCUUGGCUUUAUUUCUGUUCAAUAAAUAAUGACACAGUGUGAGAUGUCAUGUGAUGAUGUUCAUCUGGAGUUUUAUCUCACAUUAACUUCUGUGUGUGUGUUUGUAUUUGUUUUUUAUAUGUUACUUGACAUUGAUGCUGUUUUGAAUUUUUC